AAGUGGAGCAUGUUUUUUCAGUGUUAUAAAAGCUCUGUGAUGCCUGAUCACAACUGUAUCAGUAAGGAGGGUCUCUAUGGAUCUGGUCGUGUUCCUGGUGCUCACUCUCUCAUGUCUGUUUCUCCUCUCACUAUGGAGACAGAGCUCUGGGAGAGGGAAGCUCCCUCCUGGCCCCACUCCUCUCCCAAUUAUUGGUAACUUCCUCCAGAUAGAUGUGAAGAACAUCAGCCAAUCCUUUACCAAUUUCUCAAAAGCUUAUGGCCCUGUGUUCACUCUGUAUUUGGGCUCAAAGCCCACUGUCAUAUUGCACGGGUAUGAAGCGGUGAAGGAAGCUAUGAUUGAUCAUGGGGAGGAGUUUGCUGGUAGAGGAAGCUUUCCAGUAGUUGAAAAAAUUAUUAAAGGUUUUGGCGUUGUUUUUAGCAAUGGAAACAGAUGGAAAGAGAUGAGACGCUUCACACUCACGACCCUGCGGAAUUUGGGCAUGGGGAAAAGGAACAUUGAGGACCGUGUUCAAGAGGAGGCACAGUGUCUUGUGGAAGAACUGAGGAAAACCAAGGGAUCACCCUGUGACCCUACCUUCAUCCUGAGCUGUGCUCCAUGCAAUGUCAUCUGCUCCAUUAUUUUCCAGAAUCGUUUUGAUUAUAAAGAUAAGGAAUUUCUUAUCCUCAUGGAUAAAGUAAAUGAGAAUGUCAAGAUUCUGAGCUCCCCAUGGUUGCAGGUCUGCAAUAGUUUCCCUUCACUCAUUGACUAUUGUCCUGGAAGUCAUCACAAAAUAGUAAAAAAUUUUAAUUAUCUAAACAGUUAUUUUUUGGAGAAAAUAAACGAACACAAGGAAUCACUGGAUGUUACAAACCCCCGUGACUUUAUUGAUUAUUACCUGAUUAAACAAAAACAGGUAAAAUGUUAAUAUGAUUAUUUUAUU